GUGGGCCCCGGCCGCACCGCACGGCUCAUCGUCCUUCGCUCCUCCUCCUCCUCUCCUCUGCGCCGCGAUGACGUCAGACCGGCAACUUGACACUGCCGCGCGCGCGGCCGCGACACUCCGGCGCAAACGCCAUCUCGCGUUGCCAGGAGCAACUGCCUCCCGCAGGAGCCUGCCGGGAUCAAUCGGGCGUCGGCUGUGCGGGAAGUGGGAGGCGAGGCCCUUCCCCCUACGGACGGAGAUCCUUGGGCGGACGAGCCCUCGCGAUCGCCAGCCACAGCUGAAUGUUCGGCCGCAACCUCCACGUUUCACCCUUACCAAUUUCUUUCUAUUGCUUGUUUCUAAUAAAUUGUUACAAGUUAAGAAAACAGAUUCUACAAAAAAUUGUUUUACCUAAUUGUUAAUGUUCUGCAACAAUUUAUACAUUUUAUAUCCUUAUAUCGUUAAGGAUUUCAGUAAUUUAAUUUCAAAACGUGAUAACCCGAAGAAGAAUUUCUCAACGUUUUGUGUUAAUUAACAAGCGAUAUUUCUAUUUGUCACUUACAUAUAUAGGUUUUAUAAACUAUUGUUCGUGGUCAUCGACUGACAGAUGCCAAUCGAUUUACUUUUUUUAUGUGUAAAACAGUUUCGUUUUCACAUUAAAAUUAUUUUAGUAACACUGCAUGUUUGUGAAAUGCUGAACAAGUGGGACGACUUGAAUACAGGAAGGAAAUUAAUAAUGUUAAUAAUUAAUUCAAAAUUCUGAUCAAGAAAAUUAUUUCAUUGCCAGCCCCCGCCGUUAUAAAAGUCGUGGUUCAGUCGAUUGUAUCCAAGUCAAAGUCGAAGAGGAGGCAGUUCACGGGAGUUCAUUGGUUCAUCAUUCACACGGGAGUUGGUUCCUUGGUUCGUCGAUAGGUCUCGUGGUUAAGCUAGUAUUGGUCAGAAUCUUGGUUAGCUGCUUUGCGUGAGUUUGCAGAAUCUUGUCAUAUUGGGAGACGCAAUGGCGGUUGGUGCAGCUUUAUUUGGAAAUACGUCUUCUCGGUCGCAGAGCAAGAAUUUGGUAGAAUGUAAAGCUGGAAAAAUGACAUUAAAAGGCAAAAUGGUUCAUCCCGAUAAAAGGAAGGGACUUCUUUAUGUUUAUCAAUCGGACGACUCCCUUAUGCAUUUCUGCUGGAAAGAUCGUACUACUGGCACUGUAGAAGAUGAUCUUAUAAUUUUUCCUGAUGAUUGCGAGUUUAAGAGAGUAACUCAAUGUACCACUGGCCGUGUGUACGUGUUAAAGUUCAAAUCCUCGAGUAGGAAAUUUUUUUUCUGGGUGCAGGAGCCUAAGACUGACAAAGAUGAAGAAAACUGCAGAAGAAUAAAUGAAGUUCUUAAUAAUCCUCCUACUCCAGGCUCUGCUCGCAGUGGAGGAGCAACACCAGAUUCCCCCGUGAGCAGGACAUUGAGAAAUGUUCUGUCGGCAGAUGGAGGUGAUUUGCAGAACCUGCUGAACAACAUGUCGCAGCAGCAGUUGAUGCAGUUAUUUGGAGGGGUGGGACAGAUUGGCGGACUUUCAAGUUUGCUGGGCACAAUGAGCCGCCCUUCAACUAGCCAAAGUGGUCGCUCAGGAGCUUCUGCAAGCACAACAGCAGCAACUGCUACCACCUCUUCAUCUACCAGUUCUGUGGCUUCAGCUGGCAGCACUGACACAAAGACUUCCACUACAGCUGCAACCGCAGAACCUAAGACUACCUCUACUACUACUGCGACAACCACGUCUACGUCUGCUGCUGCUGUAACUACAACAACUGUUGCAACUUCAGCCCCUACAACUACUACUGCUGCUGUUCCUACCAGCACUUCUAGCGGUGGACAGCCAGCAAUCCAACUGAGCGAUUUACAGAAUUUCUUGUCGGGACUUUCUGCUCCUCAGCCUGGUGGGCAAGGUUCAGGAGUGGACUUGGCCCAGGCAAUCACUACAGACAAUUUGUCAACUGUGUUGGUGGAGCCUGGUCUUGCUGAGGCUUUGCAACAGCACCUCCCAGCUGUUGCAGCUAUUGCUGGCUCUGGAGCAGGUCAGACUGCAUCUGACCAGCUGCGAUCAACUCUCUCUUCUCCACAGUUCCAGCAGGCGCUGAGCAUGUUCAGUGCUGCCCUGCAGUCCGGCCAGCUGGGCCCUGUGAUGCAGCAGCUGGAGGUGGGUCCGGAGGCAGUGGACGCUGCCAACCAGGGCAACAUGGAGGAGUUUGUUCGAGCUCUGCAGCGGGCCAGCCUGGGCUCUCAGCCGGACACUCCGCAGUCCCCGAUCAGUGGUGGAGGAGAAGAAAAGCGCCCCAAGCGUGAUGGAGACAACAGUGGAAAGAAACCUGAUGACGAUGACGAUGAGGGCAUGUCAAUGGACUGAGGCUAGGCCACCUGCUUGCUUCUUAUAUAUUGCUAAUGAUAUAAUACUUGCAGGUUCUAAAGAAAAGUCUCGCUAUACAUAGAGUACCUUCACUUGCAUUCAGGUCACUUUUUUCCUAGUAGAACUUCUUUGCUCAGAGCAAGAAUUACAUCAUAAAAGAAGAGCAAUAUACAUCAGUGCAAUACACAUCUUUUAAUAAUUGCAUAAUAACGGUGUGCAUUUGCACUUUAAUUACUUUUGUUCCAUGAAUAAUCUUGUUGGUGCUGAUAAUUUACUAGCAUUGACUUCUUUUGAUAUAAUGAUCUCCAUAGCUUCAGGUAUACCCUGUUAAUUGUUCAAUUUGAAGUUGUUAUAAUACAAAAUUUGGCUUGCAGGAAUAUUGUUUCAUUUAUUGAAAGCUUUUGUGUAGUUAGAACCCCCCCCUUAUUACAAUCAUGUUAUAUUCCUUACGUACAUUGCCCUGGUUCCUUGCUAAAUAUUCCCCUCAUUUUUUUUAGUAUGUAAUGACUAUGAAAGAAUUGUAUAUUGUAUUGAUCUGUAAUAAUGUCAAGGUUGAUAAACUGUCAGAAUAUUGCAAGAAGUAAUAUCAAGUGACACAUGGUUUACAAUGAUUUCUUGUUUUAAAAUUGUUAAUGUGUGUGUGUGGCGAAUUACCCGUGUAUUGUGAAAAUAAAUUAUUACGUU